AUGGCCCGUCCCGCUCUCGUUCUUUUUUCCUGCAUCCUCACCUUUUCACUCUCGCUUCUUCCUUGCGCUUCCCUCUCGCAGGACGGCGUAAUUCUUCUUAAAAUGACAAAGGAAUAUUGCAGCGAUACUGAAUCUUUAAACGAUUGGAAUGAAUCUGAUCAAAAUCCGUGUGCUUGGAGUAGAAUCUCUUGUGAUACAUUCAACAGCGUUACCAAAGUAAAUCUCACGGGUUCUUUUAUUUCUGGGAACUUGACUUCGGCUCUAUGUAGCCUUCCUAAUCUCACGACGUUGAUUCUCUCAUACAAUGAAUUCGGCGGUCCUUUCCCCGAUGGCCUCUUGCAUUGCAAGCGUUUGCGGCAGCUCGAUUUAUCGUCAAACCAGUUCGUUGGAAGGCUGCUCAGUUCUAUCUCUGAAUUGAGUGAGUUGAGAGAGUUGAACCUGGCAGGUAAUUCUUUCAGCGGUCCCUUGCCCGAGGGCCUUUUCCAUUGCAAGCUUUUGCGGCAGCUUGAUUUAAAGAGGAACAAAUUUUCUGGAACGCUGCCCAUUUCUAUCUACGAAUUGAGCGACUUAAGAGAGCUGUACCUGGCAGGUAAUUCUUUCAUAGGUCAAUUCCCCCACGGCCUUUUGCAUUGCAAACGUUUAGAGCAUCUCGAUUUGUCGGAAAACCUGUUGAUUGGAAGGCUGCCCAGUCGUAUCUCCGAAUUGAGCGAGUUAAAAGAGUUGAACCUGGCUUAUAAUGAUUUCAGUGGCUCCAUUCCUCCAGCCUUUGGAAUGCUGCCAAAGCUCGAAGUUCUCUUCCUCGACAACAAUAGUUUGAAUGGGACAUUCAAUGUUCUCGGGAAUAUGAAGUAUCUGGUAAACUUCAUGAUUGGCAAUAAUCCUCUGCAACCUGGUGUCUUACCCAAAGGGCUUGGGAAUUUAAAGCAGUUGCAGAAGUUAUCGCUAUAUAACUGUAAUCUUGUAGGCGAAAUCCCGGAUUUCUUCGGCAGAUUGACGCAGCUGGAGUGGUUGGACAUGCGGUACAAUCAUCUACGGGGUAAUAUUCCGACCAGUCUAAUGCAGCUUUCGACAUUGGGAGAACUGCUUCUCGAUCAAAAUAAUUUGUCUGGACGAAUUCCUGCCAACAUUCAUCAACUGAGGAGGUUAACCAUUUUGGGUCUUAGCGACAAUGACUUGUCUGGACGCAUUCCUUCCGAAUUACAAUGGGAUUCACUGACUUAUUUCAGUUUAUCCAACAAUAACUUGUCUGGACACAUUCCAGAAGUUCUAGACAAGCAGGCUUACAAAGACAGCUUACUGCCCAAUCCAAGGCUAUGCGGGGGUCGGAUUUUAACGCUACCUCCGUGCUCCACUCCAUACAAGUUGUCACCUGAGAGAUUGGCUACCAUUCUAGUGGUACCCUUAUUCAUUGUAGCCGUGGCUUUGAGCUCCAUUUGUCUUUGUCGUUCGUCUCGCAGGAAGCCAACUGACACGCCAUCGUGGAAAAUGACGCCAUUCAUUUCGACAGAAGUAGACGGAUCGUACAUCCUCCGCAAUUUGAAGGAGAGUAACGUGAUCGGAUCUGGAGGUUCCGGGAAUGUUUACAAGGUCAUUCUGCAGAACAGGCAAGCGGUAGCAGUAAAGAAGAUCCGGAACAGGGGUAAACUAGCAGGAAAUUUAAUGAGAAAUGGCGAGCAUGAAGAGAAUAAAAUUGGGGAAGUAGAGGUGGAUGUAUUGGUACUCAUCCGUCAUACCAAUAUCUUUAAGCUGCUCUGUUACAUUUCAAGCGAAGAGUUCGAUUUCAAGCUGCUGGUUUACCAGUUCAUGCCCAACGGUAGCUUGUUCGACUGUAUGCACGAUGACCCAGAACCACAAAUGGCGCUGCAAUGGCCGAUGCGUUAUCAGAUCGCUCAUGGAGCAGCUCGUGGGCUCAGUUACAUGCAUCAUGAUUGCUCCCCUCCAGUAUUGCACAGAGAUGUGAAAUCUAGCAACAUCUUGCUAGACGAGGAUUUUAGGGCUAAAAUGGCAGAUUUUGGCGUAUCCAGAGUGUUCGAUAGGCUGGGUGAUGAGCAUACAGUAUCUGGUUAUGUUGGGUCGCACGGAUAUAUAGCCCCAGAGUAUGGGCACAGAAUUAAAGUGAGCGAGAAAAGUGACGUUUACAGUUUCGGAGUAGUGCUGUUAGAGCUCGUGAAUUGUAUGAAGGCUACGAAUGAGAUGAAUGGAGGAGGAGUUGGAUUAGUUGAGUGGAUUCGCAACACAAUAACAAUGGGUGGGGGAGAGGCGGCAGUUUUAGAUCGCCGAAUAGAGGAGGAAAGCUGCAUCAAACAAAUGCUGCGGGUAUUGCGGGUGGGUCUGUAUUGCACAAAUAGGGACCACAAACGCCGGCCUUCCAUGAGGACUAUGGUGGAGAUGUUAGCUGUUAUUAUUGGGAACAGUUUAAAUUAG